GGGAAAAAAGUAGUAAUGUUGCCUUGUUAUUUUUUUAGGUGACAAAGAGUGAGGAUGGAAGAACCUGUGACAAGGCCACUUGCACAAAAUAUCUUUGCCCAACCUCGUUUCUUGACAGCUGAGACCUUUUCCACUCAGGAAUCUGAAUACACGACAGACGACUCAGGACUUGAUAGUGGAUAUGGGGAGCAGAAUUUGGAGGAAAAUAAAAAAUCAGAGAUUGAUUGGGAUCAUUUCAGUGAAGUUGCAGACCCUGAAUACUUGGAAUAUGUAUCAAAGUUUGUUGGCAAACAUGAAGGCCAGUAUUUCAUCUUAAAAAACUCAUCAGGCUCUAAACUCAGGAUUGCAGCACUUGAAGACACCAUUUACAGAGAUGAACCAAAUGUAGUGGAUGAAUGGGGGGAGUUUUACCUCCCUGAGAUAGUAAACAUGCAGAUUUUAGGUGUGGUGGAAGGAACAUCAUGUUCAUCUGAUGAGUUCGUCCUGAUGACUUGCGAGGAUAGAAGGCUGUACGGUUAUGAUGGAGAGGAGCUGCAUGUGGUGGCUGAACGUGUGGAACAGCUAAAACACCAUUGUAUCAACUACCCAUCAAAUGAGACCUAUUACAACGGACAGGCCUUCAAAGACAUGACAAAGGAGGACUGGGAAGAGGUGAGGAGGGGAGAUGUGGGGCAGAUGUUGGAGAAAGAGCAUAAAAAACUGGUGGCGGAAAAUAAAUCAGCGAUCCUGGAAAGCCUAAAAUCACAAAAAUAGAUGCUGAUUAUUCCAUAAGAACAUCCUUCAACUAAUGGAUUUAUGGUUACCUAAAAGCUCCACAGAGUUUAUAUUAACGUAUGUUCCUGCACUAACAACAGAUCUGAUCAGAUCAAAGCUGCUGAAGUUACAAGAUUUAGAUUUAAUUACUAUAUUUUACAUUGGAUAAAUUUUAUUGUCCCAAAGGGCAAUUUGCUUUGCAGCGAGCAAAGAACUUUAUUUACUUGUGAUGCUCAGUUUACAGGAAAUGGUAAAGCUAUUCUAUAAAAAAAACAUUAAUUUUUUUCACAAUGUACAUCUGAAAUAACAUGUCUCUCUACAACUAAAGAUCCUUAUACAGUAUUUUAACCCAUUUAGCAUAAAAGUGUCUAAAUUAAAAAUUUGAUAAAGCCAAGAAAAGAAAGCCCCAUUCAACUUUAUUGAACAUCUUUUCCAUGGCAGUUACUGGCUCAUCUUUCAUACAACAGUUUUCUAAUGUUAUCAGAGGUUUUUUUUUUUUUUUUCAUAAAACCUGUUGGAUGUAUGAUGCUGGGAAGGACUUUUGAGCACUGAUUGUUUUAUAAAUGUCUGUACUGUCCUUAUCUGUAAAGCAUAAAGCAUAUAACUGAUCAUUUUAAUUUUAAAAAGUAACUUGCCCUUCUGACGAAAAUCUCCCGAUACAUGUUUUGUAAGAUGGGUAAGAAUGUACUUUUUGUAAUAUUUGGCAGAAAUGUCAUCAUAACAUGGAAUUUCUCUGCCCUCAUUACUGAAAUUGCCUUCCUAAUUUCCACCUCCAUUAUUGCAUUUUCUGACCACACUGCUUGUUCCUGUAGUGAAACCCCUCACCUCACCUCCCCACUGGUUGACAUUUGACCACCUGGGGUCAAACCUCUCCUUUUCCCACAUUUAUAAUUUCAGCUUUGCUGAGUGCUUUAAUAAAAAGAAAAGCUUUGCCUUUCCUUUCUUCUGGGAAACCAAUGUGGUUCCUAUUCUCAUAGAUAUUUGCUGUGUGUUGAUAAAAAAAAAUAAAAUAAAACUAAACUUA